CGUGAAUGUUGUCGAAUGCCUCUUUUUUUAAACGUAUAAAAACUGACAGACAAGUGAAAAGGACUUCAGUUUUAAUUGAGUUAUUACCACGACAGGACAGUUAAUUGCCGUGAUUCCCAUUCAUAGCACAAGGAUAUAAAAGUGUUUCAUUGGAACUAAACAAAAAAAUAAAUUAUGUUCACUAAUUGGCUUACAAGUUCAUCGACUAACUCAACAACUUCUAUACCACAACUUCCGCCUCCUACAUUAGCAUCAACACCACCCGAUAUAGUUCUGGAAGUUGGACCUUCUCCGGGUGUGCGAUUUGUAGCUCAUACCAUAAUUUUGAGCAUGCAUAGUGGAUAUUUACGGUCGGCAAUACGUUUAGAUGAUAGUUCUGUUAGCGGAGGAAACUCUCCAGAUAUGGUUCUAUUCUUAACCAAUGUGACGGCGGAUCAAUUUGCUCCACUUUUGACCUACAUGUAUACUGGAUAUUUGGAUUUAAAUGUGGAUAAUAUAUUUGGUGUUCUUUUGGCCACGCAUGUAUUGCACAUGCCGCGGGCACUCGAGAUUUGUCGGGCUUUUUUGUCACGAGCUCAAUCUGAAGGAUAUUUAAGCAAUGGACACUUUCUUGGAAGUACAACAACCAACAACAGCAAUAACAAAAUCAUUCGUCCAAUUGCCAGUAAGGCAUCUGCUCCGAAUUUGGGAUUUAUUGCUCCGCCAAUGCAGCAUGUAUCACUACCCAGUACGGGAACUCCGUUUAAAAGCCUCCAGCAGACUUUUGUUCCCGGAGUACCAGUUUUACAAUCUGUCGCAGAUGACCUUUCCGAAAGUGAUACCCAAUCAAUUGCUGUAGCAUCACCUAGACCGACUCCCCCUACACCAAUCCAAAUCGAACGAGAAGAUACACUCCCUAAACGCUCUUCACCUCCUUCCACAUCCUACUCAUCAAAUCCACCUAAACGUCAGCAUAAAUCAAAACGAUCCAGUGACAAGCAUCGCGGUAGUAAAACCACUUCUCAUCAACCAACUCCAUUAGUAGCCAAGGAUCCCGUCCCCAUUCAAAUCGAAGCUGAAAAUAAAACUAUAAUCGACGUGGCAAGUUGUGAUGGUCCGAUUCGUUUUCGGCGUGUGCUCAACGACGCUUACGGACAUAAGCCCGAUGUUUUGCAAUUUCCCCCGGCCCAAGAACGCACUCAACAAAGUGUAUCGUUCUCGUUUCAUCAACAAAUGGCCAAGACAAUUAGCCAACGGCAAAUGCAUUCGGAAGAAUCCGAGAACAGCGAGGAUUUGAGUGCUAAAGGUGGUGGUUCUACAAAUUGCUCCAAUUCAAAAACUGGAGAGAUCUACAAUUGCGUAUAUUGUAAGCAUACUUUCAAGUCGCAAUACUGCUAUCAGAAGCAUGCCAAGAGGCAUUUGAAUCCUCUAUCGCUGGACUGUGCCAGUAGUAAUAAAUCAUCUUCAUCGGUUUCAUCAUCAGGACCUAUUCCACCAUCUAUUGCAGGAGUAGCAACAGCAGCAGCAGCGACAUCAACAUCAUCAUCAACUAUAGGAUGUUUGGAAAUAGAAAAGGAGGAAAAAACAAUUCCAGCGGUAGUUGUUGAAGUGUCUACAAGUGAAUUGCAACGACGUGAAGUACGCCCAUUGGAUAUGAAUGUCCAGUAUUAUCCGUGCAAGACUUGUGGCAGUAAAUUUCCAAGUUAUUAUUUUGUGCACAAACAUCGUAAAAUGUGUCAUGCAAAUGAAGAAAAUACUCCAAGUAAUACUGAACCCAAUAAAAGUGAACAUUAGAAUAUGUAUAAUUCGUUUUUAGAUGUAAAUUAAUUAAAAAAAAACAUGUGAAUAGAUUUUGUGUAGAAAUUAAAAUUUUUUAUUAAAUAAAAUAUAACAAAAUAGGAAAUGUUGUUUGUAGUUUUAAACUAAUUUUCGGGCUUCAUGGCAAUUUUCAAAAUGAAAUUUAUAGCAUUUGUUCGUUUAAGGCGUUUUCGAAAAAAAAAAAUGCAUAACAACUAUGAUAAUUAUUUUGUGAAUUUUGGAAUUAUUUAAAUGUUUUCAGUAUUUUCAAUUAGGGAUGCAACAUUUUCGAGCAAUGCAAUAAAAAAAAUUCAUAUCUAUGGAAUAAUAGUUUAGGAUACAAAUGAACCAACUUUUUCCUGCUACCGUCAUUCAAUCUAAUUUUAUUUUAGAAAAUAUUUCCAUCAGUGAUUUUUUGCAAAGAAUUAAAAACUUAAACAUUGUUGUCUUAGGACACCCCAUUUAAUUUAUAUGCAUACUGUCACAGAACAAAAAGCGAAUACAAAUGAAGUGGUUACUGGAACAUGUUACUCUUUCAUCAUACUUUUUUUUGUAUCAGUUUCAAAGUUAUAUGAAAGAAUUCAAUAUACAAAUCGCUUCCAAAAAAAUAUUUAUUGUAAAGGAGUUAACUCCUUUGAUACUUUACUCGCGGAACAAAUUUAAUGCAAAAAAUUAGUAGGUCCUUUCGAGCCAAACGGAAACAUUUAAAACCACGUUAUCUAUUGUUCAAUCAAAGUAAAAAAUAAAAAAAGUUAACAAACUUAUAUUCGGCUAAGAAAAAUGUAGGUACAAGACGACAGUAAAUUGGUGUGAAAUAUUUUGGAGAUCUCUCCGAGGGCAGCUUCAGCGAAACGAAAAUUUGUAAGUCUCCAGAUAGUGAAAAUUAUACAGAAAAUUAUUGAAAAUAAACUAUUCGUUCAGGAAAAAAAUAAAUAAUUACAAGUUUUUAUGGGAGAUACAAUUAGUUAUAAUUUUGGUAUAUAAACUUUUUUCAACAUAAGAUGGAUCUUCUACAAAAAAAAAGUAUAUAUGAAUUUUUAAUCAAAAUUUUAUUCGUCCUAUUGAGAAAUGUUCCCAAAAAUGACACAUGCGAGGUAGCUACAGUUUUUGGGAUGCUAGCUAACUAACUAAAAUUAACCUCCAAUUACCCUAGAGACUACAAAAAAAACAGCUCAUGAAUUACCUAAACAUUACAUUCUUCUCAAUUUGAGGAUUUAUGUUUUUCUAAAGCCUUCAUGAGCCAUUUUUUAGUCUUUUUAUAAAUGUCGUUUUCUAAUACUUGAAGAAUUUGUAUUGAAGUGAUAAUAUCAGUCUUUUUUUCAUGAGAACUAAGCAAAGUAAAGAAUUUUUUUUUACGCUAAGCAUCUGAAGCAAUCCAAGAAUCCUAAUUUAAAAAAAAAAAAUGCUGUUUUAUUUUGAUACAGUUACAUUUUAUUUAUUAAACUGGAGGUAUAGACAUAGGGGCUUUCCAAUCUAUAUUCUUACCAGUUAAUAAGAAUGAAUUAAGACUUUUCAGCUUAAACCAAUUCAAUUUAAAAGUUUGAUCUCUUUGGAAGAAAAAAUUACUCUAUUGACAUUUCGCUCUCUGAAUUUAAUUUUGAUGAGAAACAAUCACAUAUUUACAAUACAAUUUCAUUAAAUAGAGUUGAGAAACGUCCUUAAGAGUCAAGGCAAAAAAAUCUGAUAUCAAAUUAUUGUUACCUUCCAAAGUUUCCUCAGAAGUCAAUGUACUAAUUGAAUCAAAGUGCAUACAAAUAUAAAUAUUCCGAUUAAUGAGCAACUGUGUCACAUAUAGGGAACACAUCACAAGCAAACUAACGAACGUGUUAAAAGGCAUUUAUAAGACCUCAAAUGUUCCGAAAAAGAGAAUACAAUAGUAGUACCAGAAAAAGCAUACAUUAUAUUCUUCUUUCUGUGAAUCCAAAAUCGCAAUCCCACCCGCUCAUCUGCCAUCGACCUACAACAAAUUGUAUAAAAUCACAAUUCACAUAUAUUUGUAGCUUCACAUACAUGUAUGUGUAUGAUCUCCUUUUUUUUAAUUAAUUGACAAUUUAUUUGCAUGAAUAUUUAAAAAAUUGAAUUUAAUUAACUUUUUCCAUAUCAUAUGGCGCUGUGGGAGAGAGCGAAAAAUGAAAUCCUUUGCUUGUCGUGCGUUUUGUAUUUUUAUAGGCAUUUAUACUUCCUGUUCUGUCACUCAUUAAUUUUAUAUAUUUUUAACUACAAAUUGCCCUCGAUGGGCUUGAAGGAUAUGUACCACUGAAGGUACCAACAUAUUUCUUUUUUUUUGUAUUAUUAUUUCUCAUUGGUUCUUUUAGCUGCGCGUUUUAAUUUGGUGGUCACCAAUGGAGAGAAGGACGAUUUACCAUUUUAUUUUUUUUAUUCAUUCAUUCUAUAUUCAUACGAGAACUGUGUCCAUUUAUAUGUCCAUUCGUCCUGUUUGGGGAAUAAAGUAGUUGCAAUCAAUCGAAACCCGUAACCAGUAAACUACCAAAACCAACUCCAGUCAAUCCCAAUUCAUACCCCAGUAUACCUGCCACUCCAACUCCCACUUCCACUCCCAUUCCUACUCUCAAUUCCAUAUGGAUAUUUUAUGGAAUUUUAAAAUAUCCUUAAAUCAAAUAAAAAUGCAAGGACCUCUUUGCCAACGAUCCAUCAACCACAUCCCUUCAUCCAAUUUUCUCUUCUCACAUCUACCAUCCACCUUCACCUUCAGCUCUGAACUGUUCUAUCUCCCGGCUAUACAACCCCAGCUCCUGCUUUUGCUUCAACUAGGCCCUUUCUUUCUGAGCAAAUUUCGUGAUUUCAUGCUCAACGGAGCUGGGCAGUUAAUUAAAAUAUUUUUUAACUGACGAGAUUUUUUUUUUAUAUUUUUAUUUUUUAUUUCCCUGGUUUGAUGGUUGAUUGGUAAAAAGAACCAAGCAUUGCGGUGGGUAAACACCAAAGUAAAGUAAAAAAAAAAAAGAAAAAAUAUAAUAAAAAUAAAGGAAGAAAGUCCUCGUCAAUAAAACAAAACCAAAAAAAAAAAUAUAAAAUAACGGAAACGAACCAGUGCGUUAAGUGUUUUCUCUGCAGCACAUCAUCCAUCCCUGGUGGUGUGUGUAAGAACAUUUUAUUACAUUUUGAUGAAUAGCCGCUCGUCCUUUUUAAUUUUAAUUUGAAUUCAUUCUCGAAUUGUCAAUAAAGUUAAUUUAAAAUUCUAUCUCUUUUUUUUCCGUAUAAUAAAAAAAAAAAAACGAAAAAA